GCGGGGCAAGUACAAGAUUCAAAGAAAACUGAAUAGCUCUACAGCUCAAGAAAGAUGUAUUAUGCGCCUCAUUCUGUAUCAUUUUGGUGUCAAUCUACCGCUUAUGAUAUUUUCCUACCCCGUCUUCAGAUAUAUGGGCAUGCGAAGUAGUCUCCCAUUAUCGUCCUGGAAAGUUGUUUUAACGCAAAUAAUAUUAUACUUCAUCCUUGAGGAUUUUGUUUUCUAUUGGGGACAUUGAGUUUUACAUACAAAAUGGUUGUGAAUGUGCACUGUUCAUCACGAAUAUGUAACACCAUUUGGACUGACUUCUGAGUAUGCUCACCUAGCUGAGAUACUGUUCCUUGGCUUUGCUACUAUUGUUGGCCUUGCCAUCAUUGGGCCUCAUCUGAUGACUCUGUGGUUAUGGAUGAUAUUCAGAGUCUUGGAGAGUGUUGAGACACACUGUGGUUACCAUUUCCCAUGGAGCCUCUCAAAUUUCUUGCCUUUGUACGGGGGUGCUGAUUUUCAUGACUACCAUCAUCGUUUGCUUUAUACCAAGUCUGGUAACUAUUCAUCCACAUUUGUUUACAUGGACUGGAUAUUCGGCACUGAUAAGGGUUACAGAAGAUUGAAGGCAUUGAAGAGUAAUGGAGUUGAAGUUAAGCUGGAAGCAAGCAAAUCUGACUAUGGAAAAAAAGGAAUUAUUCUUUUACUACCUUGA